AUGGUCAAAGUAGCCGCCGCAAUGGGCUACGGAAACCCUCACUCUGCCGGAAACAGGUACAAAGUCCUCAAAACGAAGCACGGAUUCAAGACCGACUGCUUCUUCACUGGCACGGCCGAGGCCACCCUGACCUCGCCCAAGAAGAGGGACCCGCGGGCCAAGAAGGUCGCAGUCAAAAAGGAGAAGCAUGAUGAAGAAGAGUAUGAUGAUGAUCAGACCGAAGACGCGAAGGUCGGCACCUAA